AUGGAGAAUCUUCUUAGGGCCUCCACUCCCGCCAUCCUCCCCACCCCUGCCAUUCCCAUCCCCGCCAUUCCCAUCCCCACCAUUCCCAUCCCCGCCAUUCCCAUCCCCGCCAUUCCCAUCCCCGCCAUUCCCAUCCCCGCCAUUCCCGCCCCCCAGGUCCCCUUCAGUUCCCUUGAUCCUACUUCUUUGUGGGCUCCUACUGACAUUCCUCCGGAUGCCUCCAAGACCACGCUUUCCCAGGCAGCGCUUAGGGGAUACUUACACGAGUCGGACAUAACGCUGAUACGCGAGUCCAAAAACUCCGCCCCCUUAGGCAACACGGUGGCGUUCAUAUGGGAUCUCGUCGAUGACGGUUUCGGUAUAGGGGGGCCAACGCGAUCAUUCUUGGACUUGGCAUUUGAAUACUGUCCAGCGUCUUGUUGUCUUUUAGCCUUUUUCGAGUCUCGCGGGACAGAUUUGGGGAAAGAUCUAUCUACUCAAGCUUCUCUUGCAUCUAGCCCCAAAACUCGUUCCGCUUUGAAAAAAUGGGGUAAGAAUCAGAGAAAAGCGGUGAACGACGAUGAUCAUCAUUAUCAUCAUUGUCAUCGUCCUGAGGAUGACCAUGACAAUGAGGAGGAGGAGGAGGAGGAGGAGGAGGAGGAGGAGGAGGAGGAGGAGGAGGAUGAGCUGGAAGAUGACUGA